AUGUCACCCAUGCUGGAAGCUCCAGCCCGCCGCCAAAUGAGGGCCGCACUGAGGGACUUGGCGCUGAAGACCAAGAGCCUUCGAGUUGAUGAACUAGACCUACAGCUAUUGGAAAAACUCAAUAUUCGAGUCAAUCUUAUGUCGCUAGAUGAGGCGUCACCACACAAACCAUCUUAUUUCGCCCCUUCGAAAGACCACGCAAUUCCAGAUCCCAAGGAUGAUGACCUUGAUGGACCAUAUAAUGGUCUAAUCGAAGAAACGGAGCCAGCUUUCACCAGUCCUAUCGAUCGUGCAUAUGCGGUAGAUAUUCACUUCUCUUCUUACAUUACCUAUUACUCUAUGAAGGCCGACCGUGAAGGAUAUAGGACUACCUGGUUUUCGAAAUGUGUUGGCGAUUCACCAUUUGAAAAAUCUAGUCUGUACAAGUAUGAACAGCCUGAGUUCGGGUGCUAUCGUAUCGCCGAGUUGAACGGCUCUAGACGUCCACAUGUCAAGGCAGUCAUGUACAAUAAUCUAGUCGCCACAGAUUCCACAAUCCUCUUCGGCGAGUUGAUGCCAAUCCUUCGAAUUAUGCUGACACAGCUUCGGAGGCGGAAGUUCAUUCAUGAAAUGGUUUCACCGGUCUUGAUAUUCUCGCUCAUGGGGCUACAAGCCCGAGUGAUUGAAGCAUUUUUCCACGGUGAGAAUCUGGUGCUGCGCCCGACUAAGAUGUAUGACUUCAGCCACGGAAACUCCGAUGCCUUUAAAUCACUGGCCCAGUGGCUUCCUGAUACAUUGCGGGUUUCGCAUCUGUUUGACAUCACGUGUUUGUCAGAUGCAUGCUUAUGGUUGUCAAUCAUGUUGUUCUCUAGUUCUCCUUCAUCGUUCAAGCAGGGAGUCAUGCCGGAUACUAGCAUAGUGCACAAAAUACACCACGAGUAUGAUAGAGCUAGGUCACCACCCAGACAGGAAAAUAGUCGGAGAACAGGCCUUGAUGUUACAGAUCCUUUGAUUAUUAGAGCUGACAUUGCUGCAAUGUCCUACACCCUUCGAUGCCCGAGACCUCAGGUUUUGCGGCUGUGCAAAGGAUACUGCACCAUUACACCUCUCACAACCCCAGGCAUCGAACGCCUCACUUUUUAUUGUGGCUUAGACUGA